UGGAAUAAGAGAGAGACCAUUGAUGUCUAUGGUCAAAAAUUAAAACUGAAUUGCCUAUUUGAAAAAUUAAAAUUUUUAGUGGUGGUGAAAUCCUACAUAUUAUUUUAGAAUGCCUCAAGGUAGAAAAAAAAUACCAUUCAGUGGUAAAGCUAAGAAGGAGCAACUGAAAUUAAAAAAACAACGUAAAGGUAGAAUUCUUCAAAAAACAAGUCCCACUUCUUUGAAUUAUUUUUUAAUUUUAGUAUCAAACAUGUCCUUUAUGCAAGAAAGCGAAGAAAAUGAAACUUUCGAUAGGACUAGAAAAAUCAAUUAUCAAUCGAAAAUGAAUCCAGGUGCUAAAACGAACAAAUAUGCAUUGAUAUUUCAUAAGGAAACAGCAGAGGAAUUGAGGAAACGAAAGGAAAUGGCGCGGCAAAGCUUAAUGCCUGUAGAAGAAAAACAGUUAGAAAUAGAUGCGAACGGGUAUUUUCCAAGAGAAUUAGAUUUCCCAAAGAGACCCAAGUGGUCUUAUGAAUUAUCAAAGCAACAGCUGGAUUCUAAAGAGAAUCGAUAUUUUACAGAGUAUUUGAAUGAAAUUGAAAAAAAAAUGACUUCAACCGAGUUAGGAUUCUUUGAAUUGAAUUUAGAAACUUGGAGGCAGUUAUGGAGAGUUAUUGAAAUGUCUGAUAUAGUUUUGUAUAUUGUUGAUAUAAGAUUUUCGAGUCUCAUGUUUCCCCCUUCUCUUUAUGAAUAUGUUACUAAGGACCUGAAAAAGGAAUUUAUAUUAGUUCUUAAUAAAAUUGACCUAGCACCUGCUUCUUUAGUUGUUGCCUGGAAAUCUUAUUUUGAAGAAAUGUACCCUAGUGUUCACAUUGUAAUGUUCACUUCUUUACCAGGAUAUAAUUUGAUUGGUAGCCAAUCAGAUAAAGCUGGACUACAAGUUCGAAGAAGAAGGGGUAGAAUUCAUAUGGCUGUUGAAGGUGCAAAAACUUUAUUAGAAGUUUGUAAAUCUAUUGUUGGAUCUGAGGUAGAUCUUUCCAGCUGGGAACAAAAAAUUCAAGAAGAAAUGGAGACCGAAAGUAGAGAAGAUGAAAAAGUUGAGGUUGGUGAGGUGGUGGAACAGAAAACAGUUGACACUAGUUUUUUCCAGCAUGAAAGAUUUAAAAAUGGUGUACUCACAAUAGGCUGUAUUGGCUAUCCGAAUGUUGGAAAAUCUUCACUUAUGAAUGCUCUGAAAGGUAAAAAAAUUGUGAGUGUUUCCAAAACUCCUGGGCAUACUAAACAUUUCCAGACUAUAUUCUUAACUCCUAAAGUAAGGCUAUGUGAUUGUCCAGGAUUAGUAUUCCCAUCAAAAGUUCCCAAAACAUUGCAAGUGCUAAUGGGCAGUUUUCCUAUAGCUCAGUUGAGAGAACCUUAUACUACGAUAAAAUUCUUGGCUGAAAGAUUAGAUCUUCCGAAAUUGCUUAGGAUUCAUCACCCUGACAAUGAUAACACUUGGUCAGCAAUGGACAUAUGUGACGGAUGGGCUAAAAAGCGUGGUUUCAUUACAGCUAAAGCAGCUAGAUUAGAUUCUUACAGAGGAGCAAAUAGCUUGUUAAGAAUGUCACUUGAUGGAAAAAUCUGUAUGUGUUUCAAACCACCUAAAUAUCAUUCUAGAUCAGAUUUUUGGUCAGAGCAUCCAGAAGUUCAGAAAGUGAUUUGGAUUCAAGGAAAAUCUAAAGAAGAUAACACACUAAAGAAGGAAAUUGUUGAUUUGUAUGACUCAUCUGAAGAAGUAUCAGACACUGAGGUGCCUACAAAAACACAAGUAGAUCAAACUAAAACAUCAUCGGAUGAUGAGGAUGAAAGUUCUGAUGAUGAAAGUGCAGAUGAAUUACAACUAAUAACAAACAAAUUUGCUCUGCUGCACGAUUGAUGUAAAAAAUUUAUUAGAUGGUUUUGGUUUUUCUGAAAGUUAUUUAAAUUAUUUCUUUUCUAUAUAAAUGCUGUUAAUUAUGAUAUAUUUCCCAAAAUUCUUUAUGAUUCAAUAAAUGUUACUGAGGAAAAA